AUGCUGCCCCGGCCGGUCCGCCUUCUGCACGGCUCCGUCACUCCCCUCUUCUGUCUCCUGGUGCUGCUGGUGACCUUGCCCCCGGGGGCACCCACCUGCCCCAUGUUGUGCACCUGCUACUUCUCCCCACCCACGGUCAGCUGCCAAGCCAACAACUUCUCGUCGGUGCCCCUGGUGCUGCCCCCCAACGCCCAGCGCCUCUUCCUGCAGAACAACCUGAUUGGGGCACUGCGGGCUGGCACCUUCGGGCCCAGCACCGUCACCCUCUGGCUUUACUCCAACAACAUCUCCUCCAUCCAGCCCGGCACUUUCCGCCACCUGCCCGCCCUGGAGGAGCUGGACCUGGGGGACAACCGCAACCUGCGCAGCCUGGACCCCGACACCUUCCGGGGGCUGGAGCGUCUGCAGUCCCUGCACCUCUACCGCUGCCAGCUCGGCAGCCUACCCAGCACCCUCUUCCGCAGCCUCUUCAGCCUUCAGUACCUGUACCUGCAGGAGAACAACCUGCUCUACCUCCAGGAUGACCUGUUUGUGGACCUGGCCAACCUGAGCCACCUCUUCCUGCACGGGAACAAGAUCCGUGUGCUGUCGGAGCACGUGUUCCGGGGGCUGUGGGGGCUGGACCGGCUGCUGCUGCACGUCAACCGGCUGCACUCGGUGCACCGCUGGGCCUUCCGGGACCUGGCCAAGCUCACCAUCCUCUACCUGUUCAACAACAGCCUGGCGACGCUGCCGGGCGAGACGCUGGCCGAGCUGCCCUCGCUGGAGUUCCUGCGCCUCAACAACAACCCCUGGGCCUGCGACUGCCGCGCCCGCUCCUUGUGGGCCUGGUUCCAGCGCGCCCGCGUCUCCAGCUCGGCCGUGGCCUGCGCCACCCCGCCGGAGCGCCAGGGUCGCGACCUGCGGCACCUGAGCCAGGCUGAUUUCAGAGACUGCCCCCCGGCCAAUCACGCCCCGGCCCGGCCUGCGGGGGGCACCAAGCCCAAGUGGGGUGGGGAGGCCGAGGCGGGCCGGCCCCGCAGCAACAGCUCCUCCAACCACCUGUACGGGCUGGGGGAAGCCGGGGCGCCCCCUGCCGACCCCUCCUCCUUCUACCGGGACCUGCCGGCCAGCGACAUCCGCAGCCCCAAGUACGACUCCCCCACGGAGGUGGACUACUGGGCCGGCUAUGGUAGUGAGGAGGGCCGGCUCAAGGAGGGCUGCGCCGGGCCCGGCUGCUCCCCGCUAGACUCUGGGGCCUGUCGGCCAGGUAUACUGCCCGCAGCCCUCCCCCCACUUCUGCUGCUGCUGGGCCCUCUCCGGCUCUGA